AUGACAACGGAGGUCGCGGGUCGCAACAUCAUAGUCGCAGUUGAUGAGUCUGAGCAGAGCUUCUACGCCUUGCAGUGGGCGUUUGACCACAUUAUCCGGAAGGACGCAGAUAAGACGAUACUCGUUACAGUGGAGACUCCCAUCACCAGUAGCGCAGGAGCAUUCGCGAUUCCCGAGGACAACGAGCUGAGCGUGGACGACGACAAGGAGCAGGAGACGAAGAGCGUCGCCGAGAGGGCCGAAGCCAUCUGCAAGGAGAACCAGGUGACGAGCGUGACGACGAAGGUGUAUCAGGGCGAGGCGAGGGAGGCGAUCUGCCAGGCGUGUGAGGAGAACGAGGCGAGCAUGCUGGUCAUUGGCAGCCAUGGCCACGGGCCCGUCAAGAGAAGCUUCCUCGGCUCCGUCAGCGACUACUGCUCCAAAUACGCUCGGUGUCCAGUGGCUCAGGCGGCGGACGUUAUAGCUUCGGGCAGGUUCCGAGCCACAGUGCUGCCGGACCUGCCUGCUCCGGCCGGCAUGAGAGAUUUCUUGCAGCUGCCCCUCUCUCUGCUUCCACUCCCCUCCUCCUCCUCCUCUCCCCCUCCUACCUCCUCCUUCCCCCCCCUACCUCCUUUGUCGUCCCUCACUUUGAAUACAAGCACUCCCGACGUGUCAACUCACAGUCAUGAUAUUUCCUUAGCUGCCAGUGUUGGUAACCAGUCUCAGCCUGUUACAAGCAGCACAACGGGUAGCCAGACCACUCGGAAGGAUCCAGACGGCUCUGUUGCAGCGCAGGUGGUUUCCCAGGUGCUGACGGUGGCGGCUCAGGUGAAAACAACAGAGGCGGUGAGGCAGCAGAUGGUGGAGAAGGCGGUUCAGGUGGCCGGGGGCAGGGAGGGCAGCUCUCCAGGUGCCCUGCUGCUGCUCUCAGGAGCCCACCCAAUGCGCUCCUGGCCGCUCGUGAACCGACUUAUGCCCACCAACUCGCUCCACAUGCUGCGGGACGCACACACGCUCCGAGCGGCUGGCCAAAUCCCGCAAUGUAAGUGCAGCAUUGCAUACUGUUGCAUGAAUGGUGAGUUUGGAGACGUCUCAGAAACCAACUCGCUCCACAUGCUGCGAGACGCUCACAGGCUCCGGGCGGCAGGGCAGAUUCCGCAAUGUGUUCAGUUGUGGGCUGUGGAGAACCCACUCACGGGCUCGGUUGACCGGCUAGAGCAAAAGCUGGAGGCGGGAGCAGAGGCCAUCAUAUUGCACCCCCCGGUGGUGCCGGAUUCCUUCCAGCAAUGGUGGUGUGCGGCUGAACAGAGAGGCCUCACAACAGCAGUGCCAAUGAUUAUCGGCAUGCCUCUCAUCACCUCGGCGCGCAACCUGGCCUUCUGGAUGCUUCUCACCGACGCCAAGGGCGUACAGGCCGACGCUGAGAUCGCCAGGUUUCGGCGGGCAGAGGAGCAGGUGGCAGGGACGGGAGUGGUGGAUGUGGAUCAGUUCAGGGCGUUUCGCCAGCACUGGACGGAGCAGUACCUCUCCCUGGCCAAGCAGCUCACAGGUGUGCUUGCAUAA